AAUGACAAAGGGCAGAUCCCAGCAGAUGUGGUUCCUGAUCCAGUAGAUAUGCCACUGGAAAUGGCAGAUGCAGCGGCCAGUGCAAAAGAAAUCAAGCAGAUACUGCUGGAUGCAGUGCCUCUCUCAUGUGACAUCUCAAAAGCCAUGAUUCCAAACUAUGACCAUGUCACAGGCAAGGCCAUGCUUUUAUCACUUGGCCUGAAACUGGGAGAUCGUGUUGUUAUUGCAGGACAGAAGGUUGGUACUUUAAGAUUUUGUGGCACAACGGAAUUUGCCAGUGGCCAGUGGGCUGGCAUAGAGCUGGAUGAACCAGAAGGAAAGAACAACGGAAGUGUUGGAAAAGUCCAGUACUUCAAGUGUGCACCGAAAUGUGGUAUCUUUGCGCCUCUUUCUAAAAUAAGCAAGGCUUCUGAUCACAAAAAAGGCUCUAUACGAAGUUCUUCCAUGCGGUCUUCACCUUUGGUCAAAUCCAGGAAAAUAGAUGUGACGCAUAUAACUUCCAAAGUGAAUUCUGGCCUAAAUAUGGCAAAAAAAGACAGUGCUUCUGAAACCAACGUCAUGGCUGCUAACAGGGGAAAAACUGUACCUGCAAAAGACGGUUUUCCUGGGUACAGCAGCUCUUCCUCUUCUACCUCCUUGGAAGGCAAACAGAGUUACUCCAAGAAGCGAAACUCAACGAGCAGCAAUAAAAAGGCAGUGACUAGAGUGUCUUCUGCCUCAUCUAAAAUUAGUGCCGGGUUGUAUAGCUCUUCUCCGGCUACGAGGAAAAAUCCUUUUGAUGAAGGAGAAAUUCAGGUUGGAGACAGAGUACUGGUGGUAGGACAGAGAACAGGCACUGUUAGAUUUUGUGGGAUGACAAAAUUUGCACCAGGAUUCUGGUGUGGAAUUGAAUUGGACAAGCCUCAUGGCAAGAAUGAUGGUUCUGUGGGAGGCGUUCAGUACUUCAGUUGUCUUCCCAGAUACGGUAUAUUUGCACCACCAUCUCGUGUACAGAGACUAACAGGUUCUCUGGAUUCUCUCACAGAGACUUCAUCGAGUAAAAUAAAUCACACUUUUCCAGUUUUUAGACGCAGUCUAAGCACCACUUCUGCAUCUUCACAAAAGGAGAUAAACAGAAGAAAGUCCUUUGUUAGAUCCAAGAGCUCUGUCUUACGGCGCAGCUGGAGUAAUACCACUACAGCUAACACUGAGGGACCAGUGAAGCUGCAUGAAGGCUUUCAGGUUCUUCUGACCAGCUCCAAUGAAAUGGGGACCAUCAGGUACAUUGGUCCUACAGACUUUGCACCAGGGAUGUGGCUCGGACUUGAACUCAGAAGUGCCAAGGGAAAGAAUGAUGGCUCUGUGGGGGAAAAGCGCUAUUUCACUUGUAAGCUGAACCAUGGGGUCUUAGUUCGACCUAGCAGAGUAACCUAUCGUGGGAUUAAUGGAGCAAAACUUGUAGAUGAUAUCUGCUGA